AUGGCGGCGGCAGUGCAGAGGAAGGAGACUGAGAGACGAAGGAGGCAGCAGAUCAAGGGCCUCUGCGCCAGGCUCGCUUCUCUCAUCCCCAAACAGCACUGUCACUCGUCCUUGGGAAAGAUGAAUAACCAGUCUGACAUCCUGGAUGCCGCCGUGUCGUACAUCAAAGAGCUCAAGGAAAUGGUGGAGCAGCUGGAGCAGCGCCGCCGCAGCUUCCCCGCGCAGCCCAUGGAUGCGACGGGAGGAGGAGGGGCCGGCGCAGCAUCGACAUCGGCGGUGGCGGCAAGCCGUGGCGUCGGGUCGGAAGAAGAAGCUUCCAACGAGGAGAUGGCGGCGGCGGCGGCGGCACCGGUGGUGCUGGCGCGGCUGCAGCCCCCAGACGGGUCGAGCCUGGACGUGACGCUGGUCACCGGCGCGCAGCAGCCGCUUCUGAUGCUUCCCGAGGUGAUCGCCGUGCUGGAGGAGGAAGGGGCCGAGGUUCUCAACGCCACCCUCUCCGUCGUCGCCGGCCGCCGAAUCUUCUGCAGCGUCCACUCCCGGGCCUUUAGCUCAAGGAUCGGCAUAGACGUUUCGAGAGUUACGGAAAGACUGAAAGCGUUGCUAUGA